AUGAAGAUCCAUCCAGUAUUCCAUGUUUCAUUAUUGUCACCCGAAGCAGGCAAUCCAUUACCGGGACAACAACUAUCACCACCACCCCCAGUUGAGAUCGAAGGGGAGGAAGAAUGGGAAGUCGAAGAGAUUUUGGAUUCUAGGAAACGCAAGGGAAAGUUUGAGUACCUGGUAUGGUACGUAGGAUAUGACGAUGCCUCGUGGCAGCCGUUAUCGGACCUUAAACAUUCGCCUGAUAUCGUUCGACAAUUCCAUGAACGUUAUCCACGAAAACUUAAGCCUACCAGGAGGUAG